UUUUCACAUUGGGUACCCAAAAAUCUCAAAUUUCUACGGUUCGCUUCUGUCAGCUCCUACCCCCGAUUGUCUUUUAUCCUCUCCGACUCACCUACCCGCGAUUGUCAGCUCCUCUUCCUGCAAAAAGAAUAUUUUAUCUAAAAAGGGUGCCAAUUUUUCCAAUUUUUCUUACAGAUCCGACGACCCAAUUUCUAUGCUACAAUUUCAAGAUUUUCUUUGCUCAGUCCUGAAAUUAUAGGGAAGUUAUCUCUCGUUUGAAGAAACAAUGGCAUCGCCGUCAGAUCACAAGGCUACCAUCAUUGAUGGUAAAGCAAUUGCUCAAACUAUUCGUUCUGAGAUUGCUUCUGAAGUCCGACUCCUUUCAGAAAAGUAUGGCAAGGUCCCUGGGUUGGCAGUAGUCAUUGUAGGAAAUAGGAAGGAUUCUCAAAGUUAUGUGAAUAUGAAGAGAAAAUCUUGUGCUGAGCUUGGCAUUCAAUCUUUUGACAUAGAUCUCCCAGAGGACGUAGCUGAAGAUGAAUUGAUUAGCAAGGUCCACGAGCUGAAUGCUAAUCCUGAUGUACAUGGUAUACUGGUACAGCUUCCGUUACCAAAACAUAUUAAUGAAGAGAGAGUUCUAGGUGAAAUCAGUCUGGAAAAGGAUGUAGAUGGCUUUCAUCCUCUGAAUAUUGGCAAGCUUGCAAUGAAAGACAGACAACCUCUGUUCCUCCCUUGCACGCCCAAGGGAUGCAUCGAGCUUUUACAUCGGAGUGGGAUUAGCAUAAAGGGGAAGAAUGCAGUUGUGGUUGGUCGAAGUAACAUUGUUGGAUUACCAGUGUCUCUGCUCCUUCUGAAGGAAAAUGCCACUGUUACUAUAGUUCACUCGCGCACCAAGGAACCAGAAAAAAUCGUUCGUGAAGCAGACAUUAUUAUUGCUGCUGCGGGGCAAGCUAUGAUGAUCAAAGGCAGCUGGAUCAAACCUGGUGCUGCAGUGAUUGACGUAGGGACAAAUGCUGUUGAUGAUCCUACUAGGAAGUCAGGAUAUAGGCUUGUUGGAGAUGUCGAUUUUCAGGAAGCAUGUAAUGUAGCUGGAUGGAUAACUCCAGUUCCGGGAGGUGUAGGACCGAUGACUGUUGCAAUGCUUCUCAAGAAUACCUUGGAUGGAGCUAAACGAGUUAUUGAGAAGUAAACACUUUCUUUAGCUCUUUACACCUACAAUAAGAUGUCAAGGCUGCUAAGCUGCUGAUAUUUUCUUAUAUUUAAAGAAAACCAUACAUUUAGAGGUGGAACUUUCAAUCGAGAAAUAGCAAUGAGACUGUUCCUGUUAUGUGGAUUUCAUGUUGGGAAUUCAAAGAGCUUCGCGAAAUCUAAAGUUUUCACUAGGACUGUCGAAGUUAAGACACUUUAUUGCUACGCUAGCCUAAGGUCUUGAACUACAAGAUUUUAGCAUUUCUUUUUGCAAUGUCACUUUGAAAAUGCACUACAUCUAACAAAAAAAGGAUCCUUCUUCUA